AUGAAUGAAAAACGACGUUACAUAUCACAGUUGUAUGUUGUACCUGCAGUUGAUGCGGUUGAUGCCGGAAAAGGACAGUUGGAAAUUAGCAUCAAUCAGGGGAAAGUACCAAAUAAUGUACAAAUGCAAGGUGCUGGACGUUGUUUGGUUACAUUUAUUCCGCAAUAUCCAGGCAAAUAUGUUAUUGAUGUAACUUUUAAUGGUGAACAAGUUCAAGGAUGUCCAAUUCGUGUUGAUAUUUUGCCGAAGCAAGUUGGUCAAAAUAUUUCAACGCCCAUAAUUUCACAACAGACAGCAACAAUCACAUCUUCACCAUCAG